UGAAACAGAAGCGACUGUCGCGUGGAUCUCUUCUCAAAAGCUGAGCGUCUGAGGAAGGGUGCGAACGUGUGCGAGGGAUCUUUGUGAAUCACAUUCGUCGGAUUACAAAACUUCCCAGAAUUCCACAAAAGAAACAACAAUGUCAAGUGCAAUGGUGAGACGAAACUCCAGCAAACAGGGUCUGCAAAACCUACUGAGAGUGACGGCCCAGCGGAGUAUCGAAGAUGCCGAAGAGAUCGAAAGGGAAAGACGACGUCGGGCCCGGGAAGCUUUCCGCAAUCAAAACAGCCUGCAUGGAUCCGCCGGGUCGCCUGAGGACAGUGUGAUCCCACCUGAAUCUGGACUCUAUGAAGGUGACCUCAAACCCAGCAUUCCUACGGCUCUCGACGAAGAUGAGGGCUUUAGCGACUGGACCCAAAAGCUGGACAGAAGAACACGAGCCAGAACGGAAGAGAACGGCCGUGCAGAGUCCCAAGAUGAGGACAGAGGAAUUAAAACAAGACAAAGCGAGAAGAGGACCAGCUUCACCACCUCAAUACAGCAUCACCAAACCCAGGACAGAGAGCAGGAGGUGGAAGAAGCGGAGGAGAAAAGACCAAUGAGAAGCAGCGAGAGACGAAUGGAGAUCAGUGAGAGGCCGAGCAGUCGGAGAUCAGAGGAAUGGCAUGAAGAUAUCAGAGACAUCAAAGGAAAACAAGAGGAACGAAAACCACCCAUGGAGAACCAGAUGAAAGAAGAGAGGAAGGAGGUGAAAGUGUCAUACACAUCUAAGGUCUUCCUACAGCAAGAAAAGAUGCCUAAUGGCAAUGGAGAAGCAGCUGUUGAGGAAGUGACAUCACUUAUGCUCAAAACCAAAAGAUCUCCUAGGAGUUUAGGUGUAGGCCAUGCCAUUGGGAGUAAGAAAGACAUGGACGCUGAUCUGGAGAAGAUGAAAAUGGAGCAAUUUCGCCAGCAUCAGGCCGAGGCUGAGCUGGAAGAACUGAAGAAGAAGAGAGAGGAACGUCGCCGAUUACGUGAGGAGGAGGAACGGAGGAUAGAGGAGGAGGAGCAACAGAAACUCAACAAAAAAGAGGAGGAGAAGAGGCAAAUGAAGGAAGAGAUCGAGAGGAGGAGGAUGGAGGCGGCAGAGAAGAGAAUGAAGAGUCUUAAUGUCUCCGCCACGGAUGCCGAUGAUCCAUUUAACCCUCUUAAUGCCAAAAGUCCCACUUUCAAGAUCACAGAGAGAACAGAGUCUCUGAAUCGAUCAUUAAAGAAAAGUAACAGUUUUAAGAAGACCCAGAGACCUGUGCUGGUGCCCAAGAUUGAUGACAAACUGGAGCAAUACACCCAGGCAUUAGAGAUCUCCUUCAAAGAACCAAAGGUGACCAAGCCGGCAGCGGUGGACAUGCCCUGCGUCUCUGCUCCUGUGGCAUCUAAAAAGAAUAUGUUUGAAGCAGGGGAGGCCUGGAACCAAACCACCCCGAAAGGCACACCGACGAAGGACACUGACUGCGUAAAAGUGGGUGUGGCAAACCUGAUCAACCAAUGGGUGAAAGGAAGUCCAGAGGGCGGGAACAGAAACUGCCCUUCCACUCCAUCUGAUGUUAAACCCGGAGAUGUUCUGCAGAAAAAGAACAUGUGGGAAAUUAUCGGAGAAGGCGGUGCCGCCGAGAGAUCAGGACUGGAAAGAAGGCGCUCCUCUUCGGGAAAACCGUACAAGUUUGUUGUGACAGGACAUGGCAAAUACGAAAAGAUUUCUGCUGAUGGUGAUCAUUACAGUGAAUUUUCCUCUGAUGACUUUUGAGGACUUCACAAACAUCUUUUUAUUUCUCUGAGGUUACCCAUCAAACUUGUUUGUUUAUUUUAGUCACAUAAGUACAAUAAAAGUUCAAUAUAAAUAUAUACCACAGUAUGACAAACACCUUAAAUGUAAAGAAGUAAUGCAUUAUAUUUUAUUGUAUGCACUUUUCUGACUUACAUUUUUUAUUUUCAUUAUUUACUGUUCUAAUAUCAGGUCUCCAGACAUUUUCUUUUUUGAUUUUCACAUAUACAAUGUUUAGAACAAACGUACUCUCAGAAAUGUAUCUAAUGCACUCCCACAAAAUAUUAAGUUGUUAUAUUUCUUUCGCCUCAGUAUUUUCUGCAAUAUUCCCGUUUUUAACGCUUAUAAUUUGAUGAGUAUCUGAAUGUAAAAUAGUUGAAGACGUUUUCGUCCAUUUUUGUAUUGAUUAUCUAUGCUGGCUUUAUAAUACUCUGAAACAUUGUUACAUUUGUAUAAAUUAAAUUCGGUUAAAUAAAAUGUUUACACCCCAAAUUAAUUUGAAAAAAUGAAUAAACUCUCCAUUUAAAUGUUACCGCUAAUUUUAAUUGGCAUUAUAACCUUUAUGGUGUAAGUUAUGUCUUAUUACAAAUAUAUCCUUUAUUUUUUUAUCUCUUUGCAUAUUUUCUUUGUACCGUAGUUCUGCAUAAUGACUACACUUUAAACACUGGAAUUUAUUUUUUAUCAUAUUUGUUUAGUUUUAACCAUUUUGCUACCCAGUGAUAUACAGAAUGGGAAUGUGAUGUAGUCCAUAGCAGCUUUUUUUAAUAAAUUUCAUAUUUUGUAUGAUUCUUAA